AUGGACAGACGCAAAUCUCAACCAAUUGCACCGCCUACGAUACCGGAAGAUGAUGAAGGAGAGAGAAUAGUAACACCGGAGACAGGAGUGCCACAAGUGAUAGGACAAAUGCAGCUCGUACACUGGAUGACUGGGAUGGGUAGUGCACCGACGGUCAUGCAAUCUCAGAAUUGUAACAAUGAAGAGAAAUCAGAGGAGGAGGAAGCUAAUAAUGCAGCGAGGAAACUGAAUUUUUCAGUGAAUCGAAUGGAACCUAUACAAUCAGAACUGUCGCUAGCUGAGGUGGUAAAAGGAAACAGAUCUGUACAACAAGGAAUGAGAUUGGAAUAUUAUCCUCCAAUAAUGAAGGAAGGAGUGAAGAUUGUGAGAUUGAACCGAGCUGAAGUUGCAGAGCAAACUCAAAAAUGGAAGGAGACGGUUAUUGGGUACGUAUUGGGGGGAAACCCUAAUUUUAAAGAAAUGCUCAAGUUUGUGUAUGGGGUAUGGAACUUUGUUACUGUUCCUCAUGUGUACUUACAUGACGAUGGUUAUUUCAUCUUUCGAUUUAACUCUGAGGAAGAUAAGAACAGAAUUAUACAUCAAGGACCAUAUACUUAUCACAAUCGGCCUAUGAUUCUGAAGCAGUGGGAACCAAAAUUUCAGAUAAACAAAGAAUUGGCUAGGAAAAUACCUAUUUGGGUGGUUUUUCCAGGACUACAUAUAGAGUAUUGGACUCCGGAAAAUUUGGGAAGAAUAGCCAGCUACUUAGGGAGACCUAUAUGCUCUGAUCGACUUACAACUGAAGGGGAAAGAGUAUCCUAUGCACGUAUGCUGGUGUAG